CAACAGCCAAACGAGGCCGGCUGUCGGAUAAGAAAGUGGCCAAGAAAAAAACCGAUUAUGACGGAUAUGAGACAAAGCGUUGAUCAUUUUAUCGAUAAUGCCAAUAGAAGCAUUGACAAAGGAAUGACCGGGAUAAGUACGUGAACAUAUGGAGAAACGCUGAACGAGAUUAUGCUAAUCCUCAUCGUAUAAAUUUACGGGGUGACAUAACUGCGAUAACCGUCUAAAAGUACAUUGGUCAUCAGCCAAUAUCGAAUUGUGAAUGCAGGAACGAUAGAAAUGGCUCUGUAGAGUGAGAAGAAUAGAGGAGGCCAGCAUUCUUGGUUAACUUAACAGUAGUAGCCCGUUGGAACUUUCAAAACUUUGCAAGAAGUUCACUUUGAUAAUGCACUUAUCACUGUGAUGUGAGAAGUGUUUGGCUCAUCUAGAAGAAUCUGCGAUCGAAAACGAUUAGUCGAUCGUUGGGCUAACGUGGCGCACAAAUUACCCAUUCAUCUAUUAGAAAAGCUGCGCGUCGAACUGUUACGUAUACCUGGUGAGAUCCGGUGCUCUAAGCGAUUCAAGCGAAACUUUAGUCCGCAGCGGUAGCAACCGUCACAAUGUUUUCGUGGCUCAAACAAGACGAGUCUCGACGGAACAAUGUCGAAAGCCUAUCUUCCGUUGUCGAUGGACUAAAAAACAUCUAUAAGGACAAAAUUCUCCCUCUAGAGGACUACUACAGCUUUAACGACUUCCACUCGCCGAAACUCACCGAUGCAGACUUCGAGGCCAAGCCAAUGGUGUUGCUUGUAGGACAGUAUUCGACUGGCAAAACUACUUUUAUAAGGUACUUGCUGGAGCGCGAAUUUCCGGGCAUCCGAAUUGGGCCGGAACCAACAACAGAUCGGUUUAUCGCGGUCAUGUAUGGCGAACAAGAGGGUGUCAUCCCAGGACCUGCACUUGUCGUAGAUCAUCAGCGCCAGUUCAAGCCGCUUUCGAAAUUCGGCGGGGCAUUCCUCAAUAAGUUACAAUGCUCCCUAGUACCGUCGCCUGUCCUGCAGUCAAUUAGCAUCAUUGACACACCGGGUAUUCUCUCGGGUGAAAAGCAGCGAACGGAUCGUGGCUACGAGUUCGCUGCCGUUCUUGAGUGGUUUGCCGAACGCGUGGAUAGGAUAAUUUUGCUCUUUGAUGCGCACAAACUCGACAUCUCCGAUGAGUUUCGCCGGUCAAUUGAAGCGUUGAGAGGUCACGAUGACAAGAUUCGAAUUGUGCUCAACAAGGCUGAUAUGGUGAACCAUCAGCAAUUAAUGCGGGUGUAUGGCGCACUCAUGUGGUCUCUCGGAAAAGUGCUGGGUACUCCCGAAGUGGCUCGAGUAUACAUCGGAAGUUUCUGGGAUCAACCGCUCAGGUAUGACACGAAUCGUCGUCUGUUCGAAGCAGAGGAACAGGACCUCUUCUCUGACAUUCAGAGCCUGCCUCGAAAUGCUGCUCUCCGGAAGUUGAAUGAUUUAAUCAAGAGGGCCAGACUUGCAAAGGUCCAUGCGCAUAUCGUGACAGCUCUACGAAAUGACUUCAACAAACCACUCUUCGGUAAAGAGUCAAAGAAGAAGGAGCUCAUCAAGAACUUAGACCAAAUUUUUAUGCAGGUUCAAAAGGAACAGAAAAUAUCGCCCGGCGAUCUUCCCGAUUUGCGGGAGAUGCAGGAGAAGCUUGUCACGUUCGAUUUUACUAAAUUCAAGUCGUUUAAUAAGAAGUUGCUUGAUGACGUUGACGUAAUAUUAGGUUCUGAAAUUUCAAAGCUAAUGGGAAUGAUACCACAAGAACAGGCGGCGGCCGCGGAGGCCGGUUUAGUUGAAGGUGGACACUUCGAAUCAAAGAAAUCGAUCUUCGGCUACGGACGUGGCGAAGGAGCUGACUACGGCUCCCUUCAGACUUCGUGGGUAGUGGGAAAAGACCUCUCGAAGUACGCUUCUAUCUUUGAAAAUCUCGAUCCUGUUGACGGAAAAAUCAGCGGCGCUUCUGCAAAAACAGAGAUGAUGAAGUCAAUGCUGCCAAAUUCCGUUCUUGGAAAGAUCUGGAAACUUGCCGAUGUUAACAAGGACGGCAUGCUCGACCUAGAAGAGUUUGCCCUAGCAAUGCAUCUGAUUCAGGUCAAACUCGAUGGAUACGACUUGCCGCAGGGUUUACCCGAGCAUUUGCUGCCACCCUCUCAGAGAAGUUUUCCGUUAACUGUGUAGAUGACUGCUACUGCGGGUUUCUACCCGAUCAACAUUUAUCAAGCGCGUGCUAGUCCCUAUGCAAGUCGGCAGUACAACCCACUUGGGAGUGUUACCUCGAUUUUCAAUUUUCAUCAUUCGACCUAUCGACUAUUUCAGCAGAAAACAAUAAUGGAACAGGUGCUAUAUAGGCACGAACCGUAUCUUGAAACUUGUCACAAAGGCGUUUUCAUAUCAAAGAGGCUCGUCACGAAUAUAUUCUACGAAUGAAUAAGUUUAAUUAAACUUCCCACUGAUAUAAAUACCUGAUUUAUCAUGUUUUGCUAAGUUAUAUUAACGUUAUUCGCUUUUCCUUACUGAACAAUUGCUGAUUGAGGCGGGGCUAUUGAGAUGUACGAUAGAUGGGCGAUAUCGAAUUCCCAAUACGCUCACGCUCGAUUCCAGUGGACGAGUACAUCGGAGAAUGGUACAGUUUGUGGCGGUCGGCAUGCAAUUAGGGACAAUCUUACGCCAAUGUUGUUACGUUCUGAAUACGAAAGCUGACCUCUAUUUCUGGGUCUUAACACGAAAGCUGACCCUUAUUGCUGGGUAAGGGUAUCUACACUAUCUUGAAAGUCGCAAUCGUUCGUCCGCCCUUCGUCGCCGUAAUGAACUCCAACGUACGAGUUCACAAAAUCGUAUAGAGAAAUGUACGACGGAUUCGCAUUCGCAUCGAUCGACAUUUGACUUAAUGAGAACGUAUAGAACUUGGGAUCCUCGUUGGGAACGUUUUCAAGUUUCCUCAGGCCAGCUGUUAAUGGUGUCUGCCUCACCCGUGUAGGUUCUGUAUCCAGUAUCUGCUAUAUUUUCGUAACCUAUACUUUGAUGUCACUACUAGACGCUUUCCUUUACACCUAUAUGCCUCACCCGCAGGUUUUCGAAUGACUUCUACGCGUACUACGUAGACCAAAGCCGUCUAUUGGUGCCCCAUGCGUUUUUUUGGAAAUUUUUUUGACCAAAGUAGAUUUGAAUCUGAAGAAUCAUCAGAGCCGGGAAUUAUCAGUUUUAACUCCUUAAACAUUGCGGCGGCGGCGGCGGUGACCCAGUUGUGCGUGACCUUCGUUAGGUCCUGCACGUCGAUGGUUUGAUUCCGCCAACACGGAUGCGCAAAUAUCAAUAAAACGAAGAACAUUUCACACGUCCUUUUGACUGAAAGUCAAAAGGCUGUGGAUCGAAGACACAUCUAAGCUUUUGACAAAUUUCCCUUAGGCAUUAAUUUGUGUAGGGAUUUCAGCUAUAUAUUAUUUCAGUGUAUUUCAAUAAUUCAGCUGAUGCUUUCGGCAUUGCACCGUAUGGCUAGUUUGUAAAGUAAAAAAAAAAUUUAGCGAGCCUUUCGCUAGAUCUAGAUAAUGACAGACUUGAUUAGCGUAUGUGAGUUAUGACAUCCGCAUUAAUCGACAUUUGUCCCUUCUGUAGGGUGGCCUACAUGUUUUGUACCUAUCGAAAUACUCGAGAAGAACAUUACAACUGGUAGAUCUAUCCACGCGGUACCCAUGAACUCACUUCGUACAUUGUAACUAUAGCUGUCUGAUUAUGGUGGAACACAAGGUUCUUGAAAUUGCAUUUUCUAUAUUAUAAGGCUUAGAGGAUUUGAUUUAAAGAAAUCCAUAAAAAGUAACCUGCCCUGUGGAACACGAUUCAGUUAGAUAAAUUUUAAAGUCGUGCUAUAAAAUUAAAAAAAAUAGUUAACAAAUGUUGCAUCAGUUACAAAAGUUGGAAAAACCCUAAUGGCAAAAAUCUCAUCAUGAUUUAGAAGCACCGCUGUCGUCUCCCAGUCGAUCUAUAGUCGCAGCCCAAAAUCGCCAUUCCGUUUUGUCGGUUGACAAGCGCGCCUGAUGCUGAAGUGCGCGAAACAAGCUACAUAAGAAUAUAUAUAUAUAUAUAUACAUAAGAGAGAAUAACAGCUAUAUAUAAAUAGUUACUGGUAAAGGUGACGUUCGGGCGUGAGAACGAUUUGAUACCAGUCUAACUAAGCAGGGUCUUCGCGUUUAUGUCGCACCAUUUUCGUUGUAAGUUCCGUUGUAACAUGUCUGUGGGUCCGGCGCCAUUUUUUGUAUCGAUUCGUGGUUCAAGACUUCAUCGUUGUAAUAUGAAAUUCAGAUAGCACAAAAAUAGAUAAUUCCAUUUUAACAAGUACAGUUAUAGCCAUUAUAUUUCCUGCAUUCUGCCUCCUAUUUGAGAUUUUCCGAUUUCCAAUGUAUUUUGCACUAUGUGAUAUAUGCGCGGGCUAGGCAACGAAGAGCACGCGAGUGUUUUUUUUGGCUAUAUAUUGGUUCGAGUCACUGUUCCUCAAUUCAUUUAGCAUGUUCAGAACGUUCCAUUUUUAUAUAUUCCAUACUUUCAUAUAGGAUAUAUUUUUCGCGUAUACUUGUAGAAGCUGUUUCUUUUCCGAGUGGUCGGUGUGGCGCAUCUUGCUUGGCUCAAAAGGCCAUUACUAUUUCCAACAUCCGUCGAAGUCUUCCCAUUCACUUCAUAUCAAUGAGGCAGGUGACUGUUGUCGUGCAAGAUGACUGUGAAGUAUGUUACUUGAGAUUUAUUAGCUUCAUGUAUAUUUGUUCAACAAACACUAUCAACAUCAGCCCGUUCGGCUAUUGUUUAUCCAUAUAGCUCUCUUCUCUCGCCUUAACAUUGAAUAUUGAAUCUGUUUUUCGUGUCAGUACCGCUUGAUGUCGUUGCAUCUAUUUACUCCUCCGUAAAUACAGCAAUACACCUCCUAUAUUUUCAUUUAAAUUCGUCUAACUUGAACCCUGCCGGUUCGAGAAAUACCAAUGGACCGCUAAGAACUUGUUGCGCCGAUUGCAACAAUUAAACAGAACCCCUCAACUGUCUCCCGACAUGUGCAGAUUGGAGGAAUGUCUAAGAUAGCUUUUUCAAAACUGAGUUGUUAUUUACGACAGCUUUACCAAUGAUCGACAAUUGUUUUAUCCUUGUUUUUUUGAGGAUUUCCGGUCAUUGGGAUAGAUUUAAGUACCUCACAUCGCUAACACUUACAACAGGACAACCAGAACAAUGUGGGGUACAGUUUCAAGAUACUGGCAUUCGUGGAAAAAAAAUGCGUAUGUUUGCUUCUAUCGACAGCAUUCACUGAAGCCAAUAUUUUCGUAUACUAGCACCAUUCGAAGACAGUAAAGAUCGCCCACCCAAAAACCUGUCAACACAGACUGAUGGAAACUACUAAUCUUCACGUCCGACGAUUCAGUACAUCGAAACAGCCCAUUGGAAGAACGCAUAAAGAACCAUUUAAACCUAGCGUCGAAAGAAAAUUGACCGUAAUAAAGUCUGUUAGUAUCCCUCUGUUAGUAUAAGUAAAAAGAAAGCAAAGAUACUUAGCAAAGAGCUACUAUUUAAGUACUUAAACAAACUUUGAGCGCUAUGUAAUUACCCAAAUAUUUCCAUUCCAUCAGACGACUGGCUCCCAGUACGAAACGAAAUGUAUCCAAGGCUCGGAUUCGAAACAUACCGCCAUGCUUCUGAAUGAUCACAGGAAAAGAGCAAGAACGUAAAUAUGGUUUGAAACAUCCCUGUUACUUGUGUGUGUGGGGGGGGGGGGGAGCUACAACGAGUAUGGAGGAGGUAGAAAGGCUUCACAAAAAAUAUCAGACUUCAAGACAUACCUCAAAAUCAGUGUGAAUGAACCAAUUUUCAAUCACUCCACAAAAAUGUCGUAAUUGCAAAUAUCUUGUAAAAACAGAUGUUGGGAAGAUUUUUAAUGGGAGUAAACUGGAAGAUGCUCGAAGCGUUCCAGGUAAUUUAAAUAAAUAACGGAACGGCUCGUUAUGAACCUACCGCUAACCAUUGAACCAGCAGAGUUGCAGCUAUUCAAACUAAGAUAAAAUAAUUACGCAGCUGCACUGCCAGACAGGCGCCAAUAUGUAGCAUUGACAAGCACUAUUGAAACACAAUGAAAGACAUACGAAAUGUACAAAGCUUAAGUAUGGAAAUGGAGGGGUGCAUCCACAAUCGGGUUUUAAUGGGUCCACAAUGAGGUUUACGGAUGCUUUUCAAAGGAGUAUCAAACAUAGAAUUGAAUUUUAAAGCGACCCAAGUUUACCAUUUUUAUAAAAAAAAAAAAAAAAAAAAAAGUUCCCUUUCUGCUGAAACAUAGUCUAGAAUAAUAUCUGGACUCAAAGUCACAAACGGUCAUGAAGAUUUUUAUACAGACACCGCUACUAACCUUUAGAGACGUUGACAUGUCUUCAGAAUUCUGCAGUCGAUCAACAAAGCUAUAAAAAAA